AUGUUGGGCAAAGGCCAAGACAUCGGUAUAGGCCCCAAAAGUUCUCUACCCUUACAUGUAAAUUUACAGCAGCUGCGAGAUGAGCCUGAUGUCCAUCAAUCGAAUAGAUUUAAGGGUUCAGAUAAGUCUGCUUUGGCGGAACUCAUUCGUCUUCAGACUGACGCUAUAUCUGCACUCGAGAGAUCUACGAAAUUGCUGGAGACGUAUAUCAUGCUUUUGCAAAACCACACAAAGGAGAACGAAACUUAUCCAAGCACCUCAACCCGACAAGAGGCUAUGCACGACAACGACCUCAGAUCUGCAGAUGCUGUUCAGGCCAAUGUGGUAGCGAGUAUGAGCACCGAUUCGGCUAAUCAUGCCCGCAAGAAUGUUUUCGCUGUAAAUACAUGUAAUCUAGAGAAUAUCACGUCUGGUAAAGACAGCCGGCAGACAAUAAUUCUCGAGGGUGGUGGUUCGAUGAGGGCUAGGAAUAUCGCGGCGGGUGAUGGGUCGGUGCAGCUCAUUGGUCAGAUCUCUGGUGCUGCGUUGCAAAAGAUUGUACAGAGUUGGAAUUGA